UCAAAUAUGGCAUUUUUAACGGCUUUUAUACUAUCAUUAAAAAGGACUUUAUGGAGGAAAAAGCUAUCACUAAAUAAUAGGUUUUUGAUAUUAUGGUUGUUAUUGACAUUAAUGAUAUCCAUUGGGAGAACUGAUAUGACAUCCCGAAGAACAACCAAAUUAAAGAAUUCCCCCAUUUAUUACAUAUCAUCGCCAAUAAUGUCCUCACAAUUUUGGCCACAACUCCGACUACCGAUGAGGACAGUGUCGACACAAACAGGCGUCUCUCAAAUAGCAGCUUCUCCUAUAAAAUACUCGUAUAGUUUACCAUACAGUUACUCAUCAUUAUAUAAACUUCCCAUUAAUUUCAAAUCAAAUGCAAAACCCAUUGAAGUACUUAAGGGUAUAACCAAAUCUACGACCAAAAAGGUUAUGUCAAACAAGUAUCGGAUCCCAUCAUCCAAGAUGUCAAAUAUGAUUUAUCUUCCCAUAACUUAUCUAUCAAAUGCCAAACCAUAUAAAGUAAUGAUUAAUUCAUUUGGCAAAACAUAA